UUACUGGUUUCCCUUCGUUUCAUUUCAUUCCUUCGACACUUCGCUCGCGUCGGGCCAUGGCGGCCACCUCCCUCUCCAUCUGUUCAUCAUCGGCGCCCCUCUCCUCAGUUGUCUUCCUCGCCCGCAAAAGCUUCCCACUCCGACGCGCCUGCUGCCGUUGCGGCUUAUCCUCCCCCACCUCUUCUUCUUCUUCUUCUUCUUCUUCUUCUCCCCAGUACUCGCGCUCCCAUGGAGAAGGCGCCCCCAACGCUCCCCGUUCCACUGCUGCUCACGACGGAACCUAUUUGGAUGCCGAGGUUGACACUGGUUCCAGAUUCACACGCAAGAUCGCUGCCGAUCCCAGCAGCAAUGCGCUCCUCCACCCCGCGCCGGCCACGGAGUCCACCAUCGAGAGGGUGAUUUUUGAUUUUCGUUUCCUUGCCCUGCUGGCUGUUGGAGGUUCGCUUGCUGGAUCUCUAUUAUGUUUUCUAAAUGGCUGUGUUUACAUAGUUGAUGCAUAUAAAGUUUACUGGACAAGCUGUGUUAAUGGCAUUCAUACCGGUCAAAUGGUGCUCCGGUUAGUCGAGGCUAUUGACGUUUACCUUGCUGGAACAGUGAUGCUGAUCUUUGGUAUGGGAUUAUAUGGACUGUUCAUCAGCAAUAUACCCACAGGGACCCCAUCUCGUGUCGACCGUGCUCUAAAGGGAUCUUCUUUGUUUGGAAUGUUUGCCUUAAAGGAGAGGCCAAAGUGGAUGCAGAUUAGUUCCCUCGACGAGUUAAAAACAAAGGUCGGGCAUGUCAUUGUUAUGAUUCUCCUGGUGAAGAUGUUUGAAAGAAGCAAAAUGGUGACCAUAGCUACCGGGAUGGAUCUUUUUAGUUACUCGAUAUGCAUAUUCUUAUCCUCAGCAUCAUUGUACAUCUUGCACAAUCUUCACAAGCCUGAAUGAAAAUUUUCGAAUGCGUGCUCAGAUGCGUUAUAAGGUAUAUAUUGUACAAGAUCUAUUCUGCCAAUAUCUGUAAAUAGCAAGAACAGUAGUGUGACAUCGUCUCAAUGUGCUUAUUGGUGCACACUGACAUGAUGAACAAGUAAUGCAAUAACUUGUAUUAAUUUUUUGUAUUUAAAA